UCCAAUGAUAGGAGGAUGGUGAGUCAAUGGGAUGUGAUCAGAGUCAGCUAUGGAGAGGCUCGGGCCUUCAGACCGCAGCCCAGUGUAGAUUCCACUCUGGAAGCAGAAAUCUGGACAUGGAGAUGAGCCUGUUGUCUGGCUUCCAGAGCUGCUACAGGAAAUUGUCUUACUCCUGUGGUCCUCCUGAGCUGUUCACUGGUUUUUCAGUGGUGUGCUGGUUUUUCAAGUGCUUCUGGCAGCUGAACACUCGACACUCAAAUUCACAGACCGUGUUACUGCAACAGGACUACCAUGUUAUUCUACUUCAUGUUUCCAGCGGGGAGCAGAACUUCAUUUAUGAUCUUGACACAGUGUUGCCGUUUCCAUGUCCUUUUGAUGUGUACAGUGUGGAGGCCUUUAGGUCGGAUGACAGCCUUCGUCCAGAGUUUCACAGAAACAUCAGAAUGAUUCAAGCAGAUUUGUACUUGAAAACAUUUGCUUCAGACAGAUCUCAUAUGAAGGAUGUAAAUGGAAAAUGGCAGAAACCUCCUCCUCCAUACCCUUGCAUUGAAACUGCAGGCUCCUCCAAGAAGACUCUGGCUCCAUUGUCCUACCUCUGAUCAGGUAGAUGUAGGCACCAGUAAUGUCUCCUCUUCAUCUUCUCUUUUUAAGACUGAACAGACCCAGUUCUCUCAGCCUCUCCUUGAAUAAAAUAUUGUCCUGCACCAAACAACUUGAUUUUCCUCUUCUGGGCUUACUCCAGUAUGGCCAUGUUUUGUUUUGGUUUUGGUUUUUUUUUUUUGUGCUGAGGAGCUCCAAUGGACACAGUAUUCCAGCUCUGUGCUGAUGUGCUCUGGUCUCCCGGUCAGUUGCCUGAAAGAAAUUUGUGACCUUGCACCCACUGAAGGUGAAAAGUCAUUCACUAGGGAGCUUCAAGGUCUGAGUCAGAACAGGACUAGAUUGUCUCAAAUCUAGGACGUCUAGUUCGAGUUGUCUUUCAUUUAGUACCAGUUCCUCCAGCUUUACUUUUUGUCUUCCCUCUGUAUUCUCUUGAGAUACUUAAUAAUGAUGCGUGCCUCAACGUGCACAGUGCUGUGAGUCUGCGAGGAGUCUGGGUUUAACUGUAAUGUCUCAGCACAGUUUUAUCAGGCAUAAAGCUGCCUUAUUUUUAAUUUGAUGUAAAACUGGGUGGCAGACCUUUUGUUAUCAUAAAAGAGCCUGGGGUAUUAAUGUUCAUGUCCAUGCCAAAUUCCAUUGCAGAUAACUGUUUUCUCCCUGCCGUUUCAUGUAGAUAGAACAUUCUGCUUUCCAUGUUGAUUUGUGUUUGCAUUAGAUUAAAUUACUUGCAUAUUUCAUGUUAGAGGUGACUGCAAUAUAAUGGCUGACAGAAUUGACCCCAUAUUGCUUUAACACCAAUUUAUUUGUGAGGCACAUUUCUGUCAGAGUCGGUUUGUUUUGGUUGGUUGGGUUUUUUUUGGUUUUUUUUUUCCUUUUGCUUUCAUUUAGAGUAGCCAAAUUCCUAAGCUUUUGAGAAGAUGAAAGGUUUUUAUAUCCCUUCUGUUUCCUGUUUGUCUUCUUUGAUGUUUGUUGCAGUUUGACCUGCCUGGAUGCCAGGUGCCCACCAAAGCUGCUCAGUCACUCUCACCCUCAGCUGUACAGAGGAGAGAAAAUAUAAUGAAAACUAAUGAGAUGAGAUGAGAUGAGAUGAGAUGAGAUGAGAUGAGAUGAGAUGAGAUGAGAUGAGAUGAGAUGAGAUAAGGACGGGGAGAGAUCACUCACUGAUUACUGUCAUGAGUGAAACAGACUCAACUUGGGGAAAUUAGUUGAAUUUAUUACCAAUCAAAAUCAGAGCAGGAUAAAGAGGAGCAAAACAAAUGCUAAAAACACCUUUCCUCCUUACCAGUCUUAACUUUAUUCUCAAUUUUCUACCUCCUCCCUCCUCCCUCAAUGGGGAAUGGGGGUUGCAGUCA